ACAUUGCGCAUGUGCUUCCACGUAUGUCACAGUGUCGUGCAUAACCUCCCGGGCGAAAUAAAGACUGGGAGUUUUAGUCUAUUUGAUUUUUAACGGGUUUUUGCAUUAGAUAAUACGAGUGGUAGCUUAAGAAUUUACCAAAAUGGUGUCCGUUUUAAAUACGGUGGACACUGCUCAUGAGGACAUGAUCCACGAUGCAGAAAUGGAUUACUAUGGUUUAAGGUUAGCUACCUGUUCCAGUGACAAUUCUGUGAAGAUUUUUGACUUGAAGAAUGGCACGCAGAGCUUGGUGGCCGAUCUUAAGGGUCACAUAGGUCCCGUCUGGCAAGUUGCUUGGGCACAUCCGAAAUUUGGCAACCUCUUGGCUUCCUGCAGUUAUGAUAGGAAGGUCAUAAUUUGGAAAGAACUUGGAGAAUGGACCAAAAUCUAUGAACAUACGAGUCAUGAUUCUUCCGUUAAUUCCAUCGCCUGGGCACCCCAUGAAUUUGGACUUAUUCUGGCUUGUGGAAGCUCCGAUGGCACUAUAUCUAUUCUCACUAAUAACGGCGAUACCUGGGAAGUUCAAAAGAUUCCUAGUGCUCAUACUAUUGGUUGUAAUGCUGUUAGUUGGUGCCCUGCCAUAGAGCCAAAUUACGAUUCGAAUUCACCUAAUCAGAGAAGUGGACCAGUGAAGAGGCUAGCAACCGGAGGUUGUGAUAAUUUAGUUAAGAUUUGGAAAGAAGAAGGAGACAGAUGGAUCGAAGAAAAUAAGCUAGAAGCUCACAGUGAUUGGGUGAGAGACGUAGCCUGGGCUCCGGCAGUAGGACCUCCAAAAGCUGCUUUAGCGUCCUGCUCCCAGGACCGACGCGUGGUUGUCUGGACUUCAACUGAUUAUAUCAGUUGGACACCAAAUGUCCUGCACGUGUUCGACGACGUCGUCUGGAACGUCAGCUGGUCCCUUACAGGAGGUAUUCUGGCAGUUAGUGGAGGAGAUAACAAAGUAUCUCUGUGGCGUGAAAAUUCUGAAAGCCAGUGGGCCUGCAUUUCUGAAUUGAACAAAGGUCAAGGAAAUCUGAAUAACGCAGAUCAACGAGCUCUAUAACCCUCUAUCGCUAACGCUGAAUUCCACUAAUAACAGUGAAAUGUAUCAUAAAGGUUCAUAGACGUAAGCAAAAUUAAGAUAAAAUAAAAAAUCAUAGCUGUUUUAUAAAAAUUAA